UGGCACGACUUUCCGCAGUCUCUGCGGACUCCGGCUAGCCUCGCAGAAGAGCCAGUACGCCAGUUGACACAGUGAUGAGCAUCGAGAAAUACAAGGGACGCGUCGCACUGGUUACUGGCGCCAGCGCGGGCAUCGGUGCCGCCAUAGUGCAGGCGCUGCUGAAGCAUGGACUCACCGUCGUGGGAAUGGCCAGGAGGGUCGAAAAGAUUAAGGAGCUGGAACUCAAAGACGCGCCAGGGAAGCUGCACGCGAUCGCCGGGGAUGUGAGCGACGAAGCCAGCAUCCUGGCUGCCUUCAAGUGGGUCAAGGACAACCUGGGUGGUGUCGAUGUCCUUAUCAACAACGCUGGUGUCUUCCCGCCGAAUAGUGUUACAGAGGGCAAGACGGAAGACUGGAAGCGCAUCCUGGACGUGAACGUGCUGGGUCUGAGCAUCUGCACCAGGGAGGCCGUGCAGGACAUGCUGAGCAGGGGCGUCGACGACGGCUUCAUCAUCCACAUCAACAGUGUUGCGGGACACACGACACCGGGUACAAGUGCUUUCGCGAUGUACUACGCCAGCAAGCACGCCGUCAAAGUACUGCUCGAAGGGCUGAGGAAAGACCUGGCCGCCAAGGGCAGCAAGAUACGAGUCGGCGAAGUUUCUCCAGGACUAGUACGAACUGAAGGAGUAUCAAACGUAAUGGCUAGCCUUCCAAAGGAAAGUGAAUUUUUCGCCAAACUGAAGGAAAUGCCAACUAUGGAAUCAGAAGACAUAGCAGAAGCCGUUGUUUACAUGUUGUCCCAGCAUCCUCGUGUUCAGGUACACGAUAUAAUUGUGAUGCCAACUGGCCAACCGGACUAAGUUACAGUGGAUCCUAUAUCUAUCUGCAAAAGAUUUCUCUAACAAAUGUGCUGAUGCGAGAACAGUACUGCUGUGUUACUAUCGUAUAACUGCAAAUGUUUUAUAGAAUAAAAAGUCCCCUAUUAAAUAGUA